ACCUAAUUCAAUUGUAAAUUCACAAAGAUCUGACAGGAUGAUGCAUUAUCCUCCAGCUCCACCUUCGUACACAACAUCACCCGAUCCUCGUGAUUCUCGGUCUAUUGGUUUGGGUUAUUUUCAACCAAGUUAUACGGAAACACAUCUGCCAACCUUUCGUGAUGACAUGAAUCUGCGUAAUUUGCGGCAAAUUGGUUUAUCCAAUUCAGAUUCUGUUGCUGCUAAAAGUCAAAUGUUGAUUAGUUCACCUCAGCCUUCAGUUGAUUCUGGUUUAAAGGUUGAUGGUUCAAGUGUUGAUGAAUUUGGGUUACGGAGUAACGUUGAGUCUCGUGAAUCAGUGGCACCUAAUGCUGAUUCACGACCGAUCUCUAGAGUUGCGCUACAAAACCCUGGAAUGGACUCUAAAAUGACUGGCCAAAGAACAUUGAAAGAGUCAAGAAGAGACGAAACGUCAAGAGUCUUAGCACAAUCUGCUCAAGCAACGAUUAUGCCGAAAGACUCGAAAGAGUAUGUAAACAAUCAAUCACAUCAACAACAAUAUCAAAAUCAACAACUAAGGCAACAGCCACAAGCAAAAUCACAAGGUGAAACUGAGAUCACGACCAGUAUAACUAAAACAACGAUUCCCGAAGAAACUGAACCAGACGGAAUUGGUGGUUUAAAGGUUAAAAGGCCUGCCAUGUCUCGUUUAGUACUUGAACAAAUGUUACAAUCAGGUGAUCGAAGUAAAGGUGUUUCAAUGGGAAACCAUAGCGGUGGUGACACAGGCAAAGGGAAUCAAAGUAAUCCUCCAAUUGGUGGUGAUGGUUGCACCAUUUCAUCAUCAGUAACCCUUGAGUCACCUUAUAGGUAUCAAAAUAAAAUGGCAUCGAUGAAAGAUUUAACCUAUUCACAGAGAAAAGCCAAUGAAAAUGAAAGAGAAGGCGAAAGGGAAGGUGAAGAGGAAUCAGUUAAGGGUGGAAAUGUAUCCAGAAUGAAAUCAGCCACAUCCAUGGAUUCAAUACCAAAGAAGAGAUCAAAAUCUUGUCAUAGUUACACAUUUGGCGGGUCAACACCAGGAAUUGGCUCCAAUGAAUCUAAUCGAGCUGGUGGCGGUGGUGGUGAAGUGGUAACAACAAGUAAAUUUGAGAGGCACAAAGUCCACAAGAUGCAAACAGAUCAAGACAGACAAGUCUUGUAA